AUGCAUGUAAUCAUACUUGGGAAAAGUGCAGCUAAUGAGAGUUCUGAUGUUAAGGGCAUAAUAGGAGUUAUUAUAGAUAGCAGUUCUCGCAUAGGCCAAGAGCAUGCAGUGGCUAUAAAUCUGGCAUUGGAAGACUUUUAUCAAAAAAACAAUCUGAGUUUCGCUCUGCAUAUAAGAAGCUCUCAAGGAGAUCCUCUUUUGGCAGUUAUUGCAGCGAGGGAUCUCAUUAAUAAUCAAAAGGUGCAAGCAAUCAUUGGACCACAAACAUGGGCUGAGACAUCUUUAGUGGCUGAAGUCUGUAGCCAAAAGAGCAUACCCCUCCUUUCUCUAGCAGAUACAACUCCAGAAUGGGCAAUGCGGAAGUGGCACUUCCUGCUUCAAUCCUCACCUAGCCAAAUUAUGCAGAUGAAAGCUAUAGCUGAGAUUGUGAAGUCUUGGGAACUCUAUAAUGUUAGCAUGAUAUAUGAAGAUGGAGACUCAUCAUUUACUGAAGUUUUAUCUCAGCUCUCUGGAGCUCUUACAGAAGUUGGCACAAAAUUAAACAAUGUUCUAGCAAUUGCACCUCUAGUUUCUUCUUCUCUGUUCCAACAACUUGAGAAGCUAAGAGAAGGACAGUGUAGAGUCUUCAUUGUCCAUUUGUCUUUUCCUUUGACCCAACACCUGUUUGAAACUGCAAAAAAAAUGAAAAUGAUGGGGGAAGGUAAUGUAUGGAUUACCACUAGUACCUUUACAAGCCUUGUUCAUUCCUUGAAUCCAUCCUCUAUCUCCAAUCUAAAAGGGAUCAUUGGAGUGAAGAGCUAUAUGCCAAAUCUAUGGUACCAACAUGUAAACAUCUACCAUAGAUUUUGGAAAAAAUUUUGCUCAGAGAAUUUUGAAGAGUUUAAUUGUGAGCCUGGGAUCUUUGCAGCCCAGGCUUAUGAUGUUGCAUGGAUUGUGGUUCAGGCAAUGAGAGAAACCAACCAAGGACAGGGUCAAGUAUUACUAGAUAAGAUUUUACUAAGUAAUUUUACUGGCUUAAGUGGAAAAAUUCAGUUCACUGACCAUAAAAUACCUCCAGCACAUACUUAUCAAAUCAUUUAUGUGAUUGGAAGGAGCUACAAGGAAAUUGGGUUCUGGUCAUAUGGGCUUGGUUUCUCAAAAUCUUUGGAUCAAAAUGCUUUUUACAAUUCUUCGUAUGUCAAUGUUAUUGAAGACCGUUCUAAAAAUGUUACAUCCUUCAAUGGAUUUUCCCUAAAGCUUUUCGAUGAAACAGUAAAAAGGUUACCAUACCAUCUAGAAUAUGAUUAUUUUGCCUCUAAUGACACAUAUGAUGACCUGGUGAAGCAAGUAUAUUGGAAGAAAUAUGAUGCAGUUGUUGGUGAUGUAUCGAUAGUGUCCGCACGUUAUGAAUAUGCUUCAUUCACUCAGCCCUAUACUGAUACAGGACUGGUGAUGAUUGUUCCUGUUAAAUCAAAGACACGCAAUAGAACAUGGCUAUUCCUGAAGCCUUUCACAAUGCACAUGUGGAUUCUAAUAUUGGUCAUCAUUUUCUAUAAUGGCUUUGUUGUAUGGUUGAUUGAAAGAAACCACUGCCCUGAACUUAAGGGCCCUAUUCUGCAUCAAACCACAACGGUGCUGUGGUUGGCUUUCUGUUCUAUGUUCUCUUUGAAUGGGGGCAGGUUGCAUAGCAAUUUAUCAAGGUUGGCAAUGGUGGUCUGGCUUUUUGUGGCUCUAAUCAUUUCAGAGACUUACACUGCUAACCUUGCCAGCAUGUUGACUGUUGAACAGUUUGAACCAACAGUUGACAGCCUUCAAAAGCUAAAGAAAAGCAAUGCCACGGUAGGAUGUGAUACAGGAUCCUACUGUGAAAGAUAUCUCCAAGAUGCAUUGGGCAUGAAUGCAAAAAACAACAAGCCAUUUGAUUCACAGGAGAGCUAUGCUGAUGCCCUAAAAAAGAAAGAAAUAGCAGCUGUCUUCAUUGAUGUUCCUGGGUCCAAACUUUUCCUUGCAAAGCACUGUAAAGGGUUUGUUCAAGCAGGGCCUACAUACAAGAUUGGAGGAUAUGGAUUUGUAUUUCCAAAGGGAUCUCCGUUGCUUCAUAGUGUAAACAGAGCACUACUGGACAUAUCUGAAGAUGGCACCAUACGUAAUCUAGAGAACACUAUGCUUGCAUCAGAGGAAUGUAAAGACAUAAGUCACACGGAUGGAGAAACUACUAGUGUUAGCCCUGCAAGCUUCAUGGUGCUCUUCAUCCUAACUGGAGGCACUUCAACAAUUGCUCUCUUAAGCUACAUAUUUUCAGUGAAUUGUUUAUGA